AUGGCAAAGCACACUACCCUCCUCCUUGUGGCAAUAGUAGCCAUCCUUCUCACUGCCACCGCCGCCACCCUAGCCAACACCCCCGCCCCUGCAGCCAAGCCUACAGCGUAUGAAAUGCUAGGGCGAUAUGGCUUCCCACCGGGCAUCCUCCCGCAGGGAGUGCAUGACUACGAGCUCCGACCAGACGGUUCCUUUGAGGUACACUUCUCCGAUGAAUGCAAAUUGUGUGUCGACGGCCACUACGACAUCCACUACAACACUCGGGUCGCCGGGAACAUAAAAAAUGACACGAUCAGCACUCUUGAAGGCAUUAAGGUGAAGGUCUUUGUUGCGUGGGUCAGCAUAAAGGAGGUUGGCCGUGAUGGGGAUGAGCUUAGGCUGCACGCCAGGAUGAUAUCCAAGUCAUUCCCGGUAGAUGUUUUCUCCUCUAGCCCUAAGUGUAACUGA